UGGCCGGACGCCUCCCGACCUGAGGCGACCUCCUUUUCUCAGGCGCGACUCACAGAGCGCACACGCGAAGCUGUCGGGCGGCCGCCCAGCCCGGAGGCGACUUCUCUCUGAACUGCGGGCGGCGGGCGAGGCGGGAGCCGCUCUUCGCCUUCUCCUCCGGGCGGCUUUGUUCCCGGGUCAGCGAGGCAAGCGGGGACAGGGCGGCUCUUCGGAGGCGAGGAACCUCCUGUGCGCUUAAAGUCUUCCUAGCAUCCUCUGGUGUCACCCCUUUUCCCUGCAGCUACAACGGAAGGAACACAAGUGACAUCAUGACAGCAGAACUUUGCAAGAGUGCCCAAGCCUUUCCAGGUUGGAGCAGAAACAUGGCUGACCAAAGGGUAUAAUAAUGAAUAUCGCAACAGUUCAGUUCUUGGGCUGAGAUCUGAAUCAGAAGAAGAAGAAGAACCUCCACUCAUCUCCCCUCUUUGACGUGAUCAGCUAUUCUAAGGGAUCAGAAUGUAUACAGAAUCAUCAGCCCUGGAUUUGUGUGAAUGGUUAGAAUCUUGAAACCCGAGUCCUCAGAAGUAUUAAAUUGGGUGCUGCACCACCAUUCCCUGCUUAGGAGAUAAUGAAUUUGUAGCUUUGAUUGCAAAUCUUUCACUAAACCUGCAUAUCAUAAGCACUACCAUUUUCCUUGGCAGUUAAAAAUGGCUAAUGAACAUUAGAGGAAAUGAAUCCACUAACUAUCGACUUUAAUUGGAAGAAACUUGCCAUCUCUGGCUACCCCAGAAAUUCCAUAUACUCAAUACUGAACUGAUCUUGAACUCAUGGCUGCUUCUACAAUUGCAGGUUCUUUUUUAAGGUUUCCCUGGAAUCAAUUUAUUAUAUCCCAUGGAUAUGUGUCUUUCCCUGGACCAUGAGUAUAGUUCACUGCAAUGGAGAUCCAGGGAGCCACAGUAAUGCUAGGUGGAAUCAUGAAGAUAAUGGAGAGAACAAUGCUAAUGAAGUUUUGAACACAGAAACACACCCAGGCAAUCAACACCAACUGACCCCGUUUGAGAAACUUAUAUUAGAUAUGUCCCAGAGUGAAAAAAUAGUAAAAGAAUUAACUCUGGGAAAGAGGAUUGGGUUUUACAGUAUUAGAGGUAAAAUUGGAAGUGGGAACUUCUCCCAAGUGAAACUUGGAAUACACACUCUGACAAAAGAAAAAGUAGCCAUUAAGAUCCUGGAUAAAAGUAAAUUAGACUACAAUACCAAGAAGCUCCUCUCUUCUGAGAUUUCGAGCAUGGAGAAGCUGCACCAUCCAAACAUUAUCAGGCUUUAUGAGGUCAUGGAGACCUUCUCCAAACUGUACCUGGUCAUGGAGUAUGCUAAUGGAGGAGAGCUUUUUGCUAAAAUCAUCUUAGAUGGGAAGUUAUCGGAAGAAAAAAGCAAGCACGUUUUUGCUCAGAUUGUGUCGGCCGUUAAACACCUGCAUGAGAACAACAUAAUUCACCGGGACCUGAAAGCCGAAAACAUCUUUUACGCCAGUAACACGUGUGUGAAGGUGGGAGAUUUUGGAUUCAGCACAGUAAGUCAAAAAGAGGAACCCUUGAACACCUUCUGUGGUUCUCCUCCUUAUGCCGCCCCGGAACUUUUCAGAGAUGAAAAUUACAUUGGGGUUUAUGUGGAUAUCUGGGCCCUAGGAAUCCUCCUGUAUUUUAUGACCACAGGGUUCAUGCCAUUCCAAGCAGACACGGUGGCCAAGCUAAAAAAGUACAUUCUUGGUGGGAUAUAUAGUGUGCCACCAUUCCUGUCUGAACCUUGCCAGAGACUGAUUUGGGCGAUCCUACAACCAGUUCCAUCAGAACGCUGGUCCAUCGACAAAAUUAUGAACAGUGAAUGGAUGAAUGGUGUGCAGUAUCCCGAACCCUUGGAACCCUUUAAGUUGGAUCCCAGUUUUUUGUCAGAGGACAAAACUCUCCAGAAGGAAGAGGCUGAGGUAAAAAUCAUUUUGAACCAUUUGGGAAUCACAGAAAAGCACAUUCAGAAUAACCAUGGGACAGAUUACUACACCUCAGUAACUGGGACUUACAGAAUUGUUCUUCACCGAGUGCAGAAAAAACGGGCCAUGGAAAUUGUCCCUCUCGUCAGCCAACCUGAACUUAAGAAAGAAAGGUCAAAGAAAAAUCUGUGUCCCUAUCAGGGUCACAAAUAUUCAUCAAAACUCUGUUUGAUUUUAUAAAGCACCUUCCUCGAUUAGUCUGACACAACAUAUUUUUUUUUAGAAUUUUAUCCCACCUUUAUUACUUUAUAAGUAACUCAUGGCAGUGAAUAUGUGCAAUACUCCGUCUUUCCCCUACAACUCCUCUUUGAGGUGGGUUGGGCAAAGGGAGAAUGACUUUUUGGAGUCCUUUUGUUUGGUAGCAGUGAAGUCCUUGCCCUGAGCAUUUUUGUGAUUUUGAAAAAUUAAAAAGGAUGCCUUAAAGCUCCUAAUGUAUGGUUUCCAUUCCCAAAACGUAAUGCCAAAGCCUAUGCAUUCUGUGAUUUAAUUCUUUUUGUAGGCUAUUUUUAGACUUCAAAAUCUGUCUGAGGAGAAGAUAAAACUCCGUUUUUGGAGGAACACUGCUGCAUAGAAUUGUGUUGCAUUUGUUGGGAUAGAUGCAGGCAUCAGCUGGUUAAUGUCCUAAAUAAACACAACAUUUGCUCUCCUCCCACCACAUUUAUUAACGUAGGACGGUAAUUCUCAACUUUUCAUGUCUUAUCGCACUGCUAAGAAAACAAACCAGUCAUUUUAAAAAGCCACUUUUUCUGACAUGCCUAUUAUUUUAUUAGUAUCAUUGUUGACCAACUGCUAUAAUUGUAAAAUAAAUUGCUUUUUUUGUUCUCUUGACUUUAUUACUUUUAUAAGCAAUUCAUGGCAGCAAACAUAUCAUUCUCCUUCUACAACAAUCCUGCGAGGUGGCUUAGACUGAGACUGUCCCAGUCACCCAGCCAGCAACUUUCAGCUUACUACCUUAACUAUUACACCAAACUGUGUCUCAAAGAAGAGCCAGUUGGGAACUAACAUCCCAUUUGCCAUGAUGGGACAAGUCUUUCCUUAACAUCCAGAUAAUGAAUGGCAAGAGAAAUUGAAGCACUAUUCGGCAUAAAUCCUAACAAUAACAUUAAAAAUAGUCUUCAACUUACAACCUUCUGCUAAGUGACCAUUCAAAAUUACAAUGGCAAUAAGAAAAAUAAUUUAUGCUUGCUCUUUGCCCUUAUAAUUGCAGCAUCCUAACAGUUACAUGAUGAACAUUUGGGCAUUUGGCAGCCAGUAUGUAUUUAUGACACUGCAGCAUCCCUGGGUUAUGUGAUCUCCAUUUGUGACUUUCCCAGACUGCUUGACAAGCAAAGUCAAUAAGAGAAGCCAGAUUAGCUCAACAACCAUGUGAUUAACUUAACAACUGCAGUAAUUGUUGCAAAAAAAUGUCUCAAAUGAGUUUGCUUAGCAUUGGAAGUUUUGAUCCCAAGUGUCGUUAUGUCAAGGAUUACCUGUACACCAGGGGUGGGUUGCUAAUCCCGUU